CAUCACUCGAGGCCGGUCCUCCCCAUUCCCUGGCUCUCCUCUCUUUCCUGACGAGCCUUCCUCUGCUUGCUCUCUACUUGUCGGUUUUCUGGGUUCUCUCUUGUCUCUCCUGCUCUUUCAACCUUCACUAGAGAGUGGCGCUCCUGCAUCUCUCUGGCAACCGUGGAGCGAAGGUUUACCGCUCUUCCUUGGUUUUGACCCAAUUCUCUUUGCCUGCCCCCCCCCCCCAUUCUGAUUUCUCCUUUGCAGAGCGCUGGGAUGCAUACGUCCUUCUACUUUGUGAGAGCGCUAAACCAUACGUGGCUAAGGAUUUCCCUCUUUGAUGCAGCCCAAAUCUCUGCGGUUCUUGCUCUACUGGCUGGCCCCUACCUUAUCGUUUCGGUCUUAGGAUACGGCUCUUACCAUUUCUCCAUUUAACGUCUGUGAUGAGCCGGUACUGAGCUACAGGCAGUUCCGUAAAUAGGGUUCUCCUUGGCUUUGCACUUAACUGUUCCUUUGUGGCACGCCCUGCUCCAUGCAGAACCUUGCUGCCCAUAAUUAAACCAUCUUGCCCCGGAUCAUGGUCUAAAAAUGGGCCAGAAGACCCCAGGGAGAUGUUUUCUAAAGGAAUAUUUAAAUUAGGAUUAAGUAUUUAAUCCUAAUUAAAUAAUAGAGGAAUACUAUUAAAUAUACUUGAUAGUAAAUGUCACCUGCCGAACGCCAUCCACGUGUACAUAUUAUUAUGUAUGUUAUCACGGACCCUCACGAUGGUUCUGCAGCGUCGUAAUUUCACAAGUGACAGAUCUGAGACUCAGAGGAUCUAAGUCGUGUUCUCAACUUCUUGCAGCUGCAUGUCAGAGUUAUCUUUAGAUUCAUCCCUUCAUGCCAUCAAUCUUCAUUGCAAUAACAUCUCAAAAAUCGAAGCCAUUGAUCAUGUUUGGAAUUUACGACACUUAGACCUGUCAUCUAAUCAAAUAAGUCGAAUUGAAGGGCUAAGCACACUGACAAAGCUAUGCACUUUAAAUUUGUCCUGCAAUUUGAUCACAAGAGUAGAAGGACUUGAAGCACUAACUAAUCUGACUAAACUGAAUUUAUCCUAUAACCACAUAAAUGAUCUUAGCGGUUUGAUUCCCCUUCAUGGAAUUAAACAUAAACUUAGAUACAUUGACCUACAUAGUAAUUGUAUAGAUAGUAUCCAUCACUUACUUCAGUGUGUGGUAGGAUUAAACUUCUUGACUAAUCUUAUUUUGGAAAAAAAUGAAGAAGAUAACCCUGUCUGUCGUGUACCAGGGUACAGAGCAAUUAUGCUCCAGACAUUGCCACAGCUUAGAAUCCUAGAUUGCAAGAACAUAUUUGGUGAGCCAGUAAAUCUAUCAGAAGUAAAUUCAUCACGCCUACAGUGCUUAGAAGGUCUUUUGGAUAACUUAGUUUCUUCUGAUUCUCCCCUAAAUAUAAGUGAAGAUGAGAUAAUUGAUAGUAUGCCAGUGGUAACACCACCCAUCGAUGAGAUAGUUCCCUUGGAUCAGUUCGCAACACCAGCAGAUACUGGUUUGACAUCCUUUAUAUCUAUAUGUCCAUCUUCUGAGCCGGAGAAAGUUAAUCAUGAAAACAAUUUUCAUAAUGACAUGAAACUUCAGAAAUUAGAUGAUCAAAUUUUACAGCUUCUCACUGAAACCUCCGAUUCUUUCAUAGAUAAUGUUCCUGAGAAAGAUCUCAGACCAAAAAGAGAUACAGAUAUAACAUCUGAAAGCGACUAUGGCAACAGAAAAGAAUGUAAUAGAAGAAUUUCUCGACGAUCAAAAGUCCCAUAUUAUUCCAAAACUAUUCAGGCUAUUAAGCACCACACUAAAAACAACAACCCUUUUAUGAGUUGUAAUCGUAAAAUGAAACAACCUUUCUUUAAAGAAUUAUAUGUAAGAUCAUCUUUAGCAAACUGUAAUAUGUUAGAAGAAUCAGAAGAACAGAAGACUGAAAUCAUUAAAGUAGACAAGAGUAGUUCAGAAGAUACCACUUACCGGUCACUUGUUGAACAACUAGACCAAGAGAGAGAGAAGAGAUGGAAGGCUGAACAAGCUGAGAAGAAACUUCUGGAUUAUAUUGACGAACUGCACAAACAUGCAAGUGGAAAAAAAGAUCUUCAUAGCCUGGCUCUACUUACCACAGAUAGGCUAAAGGAAAUUAUUUUUAAAGAGAGAAAUUCCAAAGUACAACUCGAAGUUAUGGUUCACAGACUUCAAAAUGAAAUAAAAAAACUAACUAUUGAAUUAAUUAAAGCAAGGGAUCAACAAGAGGAUCACAUUAGACACUUAAGAACCCUGGAAAAAGCAUUAGAAAAAAUGGAGAGGCAGAAAGGGCAACAGCAAGCAGCACAGAUGCGACUUAUCCAAGAGGUGGAGCUCAAAGCUGCCGCUGCUGAUAGAGAAAUAAACUUACUUAGAACUUCUCUUCAUCAAGAAAAGGAACAAGUGCAGCAACUUCAUGAACUUCUUGCUUUGAAAGAACAAGAACACAGGAAAGAACUUGAAACAAGGGAGUUUUUCAGUGAUGCCGAGUUCCAGGAAGCCUUAGCUAAAGAAGUAGCUAAAGAAGAGAGAAAGCAUGAACAAGAUAUAAAAGAAUACCAAGAAAAAAUUGAUACGUUAAACCAACAAUAUAUGGAUUUAGAAAAUGAAUUCCGUAUUGCUUUAACUGUUGAAGCCAGAAGAUUUAAAGAUGUUAAAGAUGGUUUUGAAAAUGUUGCAACUGAGUUAGCAAAGAGCAAGCAUGCUCUUGUUUGGGCUCAACGAAAAGAAAAUGAAUCUUCCUCUUUAAUUAAAGAUCUGACCUGUAUGGUGAAGGAGCAAAAAACAAAACUUGCAGAAGUUUCGAAAUUGAAACAGGAAACAGCAGCAAAUUUACAGAAUCAAAUCAACACCCUUGAAAUCUUGAUUGAAGAUGACAAGCAGAAGAGUAUUCAAAUAGAACUUCUCAAGCAUGAAAAAGUCCAGCUUAUUUCUGAGCUAGCCGCCAAGGAAUCACUAAUUUAUGGUUUAAGGACAGAAAGAAAAGUAUGGGGACAUGAGCUGGCACAACAGGGUACAUCUCUCAUCUCAAAUCGUGAGAAAUUAGAGGCUCAAAUUGAAAGUUUAUGUAGAGAGAAUGAGUCUUUAAGAAAGACAAAUGAAUGUGAUAAUGAUGCAUUAAGAAUUAAGUGCAAAAUCAUAGAAGACCAAACUGAAACCAUUGGAAAAUUAAAAAGUUGUUUACAAGAACGAGAAGAACAAAUCAAAAUAUUACAAGAGAAGAUGACUGAAAUACAGAAAUGUACUCAAGAACAGCUUGAUGAAAAAUCUUCACAACUGGAUGACAUAAUUGAAAAACUAGAAAGACACAAUGAAAGAAAAGAAAAACUAAAACAACAGUUGAAAAUAAAGGAAUUAGAACUUGAGGAAAUUAGAAAAGCUUACAGUACACUUAAUCAGAAAUGGCAUGAUAAAGGAGAGCUUCUAAGUCAUCUUGAAAUGCAAGUAAAAGAAGUGAAAGAAAAAUUUGAAAACAAGGAAAGGAAACUUAAAGCAGAAAGAGACAAAAGUAUUGAACUACAAAAGGAUGCCGUGGAAAAGCUUCAUAGUAUGGAUGAUGCCUUUAAAAAACAAGUUGAUGCAAUUGUUGAAGCUCAUCACGCUGAAAUAAUACAACUGGCAAGUGAAAAGCAGAAAUACAUCGAUUCUGCAAAUUUAAAGGUUCAUCGAGUUGAAGAAGAAAUGCGUGAACUUCUGCAAGAAACAUGCAAGAACAAAAAAGCAAUGGAAGAAAAAAUUAAGCAACUUGCUCUUGCUCUGACUGAAAUUCAGCAAGAAAUGUGAUAGUUCUGAGAAGGAAUUUAAUUGAAAUGGAACAGCAGACCUAUUGUAAAAAUUAUUAAAUAUUGUAAUAGUAGUAACUGCUAUGACUUUGAAAUGCCUCUUUCUACACAUUUCAUUCUGAUUAUAUUUUAAAAGACUUUUGAUGAAGUAUUUUUUAAUUGUAUAUGUAGGUUUUUAUAAUAAAUUGUUAAUUAUGUGUUUUAGAAAAACCUAUCAAAAUAACUAGACUUACAACACUUUCUUGUUUCUGUGCUAUACAUUGUUUGGUAAUUACACAUUUGCGUUCAAAUAUGUAAAUGGAAAUUAACAUUAGUAUUUGGACUAUAUGAGGGAAAGUACUUUCAUCGUUGUUACUUUGUUGUGUUGAAGAACUAAUUAUAUUUAUUGGUCAUCCUUUAGUUGAUGUAGCUCCAUUUUUUUUAAAUGCUCGUAAGUGUAGCUGAAAAGUAUUUGAAGUCUAUAUGAUAAAAGAUGUGGGAUUCUUAACAAAACAUUUCCACAUCACUCAUAAUGGCCUCUUUUUUAUAAAUGCAUAUGACUUCUUCAUGAGAGAUAACAUUUAAGGUUUUGUAAACAUUGUACGUUCCUCAAAAGGAACGCUACUGUUGCACCUUUAUUUUCCCUUCUAAUCACACUGUAUAGAAAGCUGAUUUUCAUUUUGCCAUCUCUUAUGUUGCUAUGUAUGCAGAACAAAAACCUAAGUACUAUUUCUAAAAGAAUGAAUAUAAUAUCACAUUUUUAACUAAUAGCCACUGAA